ACUGAAUCCCACAGAAAGCUUGAAGGCAGAGCUGUAUUUCAAUGAAGUCACUCAUGUCUGUUGUCUGUUUUCACCUUGUUGUCCUGGUGAGAGAAAUCCGCGUCUGUCUCACUAGGCUGAGAAAGAAUCACUGACACAUCUCUGAACCUGUGCUGACCAGCAGCAGCCUACUUCUUGCUCUGAGCAGAGCUGAUCGGUUCUUUGUUGAAGGAUAAGGUGCAAACAUUUUUCUUUGAUUUUCAUCAUGUUGUCUUUGCUUUUUUCGAGAGUGAAUAAGUUUCCCACUCUGGACUGGAAAUACUUCCGUUAGGAAAAGUUUUUUUUUCUUCACUUUGUUGAUUUCUCCCUGAGGACAUCAUGUCUAAUCAGUCGAUGACGGGGAGGACGAUGGUCCCCACUAUUCCGUCUAUCAUGUUCAUUUUCGGGGUGGUUGGAAACGUGAUCGCCAUCGUGGUUCUUUGUAAAUCUCGCAAAGAGCAGAAAGAAACCACGUUUUACACGCUGGUGUGUGGGCUAGCCGUCACGGACCUGCUUGGCACUCUUUUGGCCAGUCCGGUCACCAUCGCGAUUUAUGUGAAAGGCUCAUGGCCCGGAGAGGACCCGCUGUGCCAGUACUUUGGAUUCACAAUGCUUUUCUUCUCUCUGGCAGGACUCAGUAUCAUUUGUGCCAUGUCUGUGGAGAGAUAUAUCGCCAUAAACCAUGCUUACUUCUACAAUGACUUUGUGGACCAGAAACUAGCUGGUUUAACUCUUUUGGCGAUCUACAUCUCCAAUGCGCUCUUCUGCGCCCUUCCCCUUAUCGGCUUUGGACAGGUGAAGAAACAGUACCCGCAAACUUGGUGCUUUUUAGAGUGGAGGAGCAACAAGACCAGCGACGCCGCCUACUCCUACAUGUAUGCGGGUUUCAGCUCUCUUCUAACCCUGGUGACAGUUAUCUGUAACGUGCUCGUGUGCGGAGCUUUGAUUCGGAUGCACAGGCGUUACAUGCGCAGGACAUCUCUGGGAACCGAUCUGGGGCGCAACGUGGACCCGCGGAGGAGAGGACGCAGCUUCGGUCGUCUGGCCGGUGCAGAGAUCCAGAUGGUCAUUCUGCUCAUAGGCACGUCAGCAGUGGUGCUUAUCUGCUCCAUUCCACUAGUUGUAAGUUUUUUUCAGCUCAUUCCUAUCCUUUUUACGCACGUUUUACGCACGGAUCUUUCUCGCACAAAUUACUUUUAUUUCUACAGUAAACAAUUCGGUCACGAUUUCUGCAUCAUUUAGGAAAAAAACUCUAUUUAUGUUUAAUACAUUGCAUUAUUUGGCUUUCUAUUACUGCUUCAUGCAUCAAUAGCAGUAGCUUUAACUAUUUAAUCAAUCAGAUUGAUCCAAAUAUGUGUGUGUGAGCAGCAAAUGACUAAUUUCUCCUAUCCUCUGCCCACUUGUAGGCUCAGGUGUUUUUGAACCAGCUGUAUAAAACUCCAGUGGAGCCACGGUUAGAGAAAAAUCCUGAUCUACGAGCAAUACGUUUUGCCUCCUUCAACCCAAUCCUUGACCCUUGGAUCUACAUCCUGCUCCGUAAGGCUGUGCUCCUCAAACUCAUUGAGAAAAUCAAGUGCUUAUUUUGCAAGAUGGAAGCUCGGGGGCAACAGAGACAAGGAAGCUGCCAAUGCAUAGACUCUCAUCAACUUUCCUCAGUGAUCUCAAACCGGGACUCACGCUCCCUUGUUUCCCAUGACAUACGAGAAGCCUCCAGCACUUCCCAGACUUUUCUGUACCUGCCUGAGGGAGGCGAGACAUACACUGGAGGCUGUCAGAGAGAGCGCAGACUCUCUGAUUCAAAAUCCUCUUCAAUCAGACACUCGAAAGCUUCAAAUUCAUCUGGGCAGGGCAGCGUUGAAGCUGAAAACAGUGAAAAGUCAAAUGACAUCAGGGACCUUUCAACCUUGAAGUGCCCUAAAGAUUCAGCACUGCAGGUGUGGCUGAGUAGUCAGACAGAAGGGGAGAAAUGCAUCUGAACAAACUCUGAUUAGGAGAAAGUUCUGUGUUUUCUCUGAAGUAGAUCGUCUACGAAAUGACUUCUCUCAAAGUGAACAUUUCAAACCUCUGGAGAUAUAGAGGGCGGCACAUAAGAAUAAUGACUCUUCUUCUGAGGUCAUAAGAAAAACUUGAAGCUCAGCACCCAGCUACCUCCAGUGAUGACUAAAUCUGACUGUGUGUGCAGAUAUAGGCGUUUUUCCCUGAAAUAUUCAACCCCCUUUCUUAUGACUCAAACACCAGUGAUGGGAAAGCUAUCCAUCCUUAGUUUAGCCACUUUGUUCAAGUAUUGUGAAACUUUACUCUAAAAUUACGAGGCCAGCAGUGCAGAAUAUUUGAUUCACAAGCCUGCGGUCAUGGUAAGUAAAAACAGUGUUGAAGGUUUCGUGUGAGUAAUCAUGUGUUGCUUUCAUUGUGAGGACUGAGUAUCAAAAAACAUUCAUUGUGAAGUGGAGGUCAUGCCUUACAGGAGGUCCAUGACUUAAGUACAGUGCAGUAUUAUUAUGUAGUGAGUCAUUAUAAAGUUGUCAUCUCAUAUUAUAAAAAGUAAACCUUCAUUUUAUUAGGAAGGCACUUAGUCUCAUGUGCCACAGUUAUUACCACCAAACUGCUGAAAUCUCAAAUGUGGUGUGGAUCAGUGGAUAGUCACUGUCAGCUGUCACUAAAUGUAAAUAUAUUUAAACACACCUGUCGGCUUGAGAAAAAAAAUACUCCUCAUGAUAAAUGUUUUGUGAAAUGGUUGCAAUAAAGGAUUCUUCUCUGAGAGAAGUUUAUCACAAACAUAAGGGACUGUCCAUUUCCACUGAGCAUUUGGAAUUUUUAAGUAUUAUUGCGCUUCUGAAUCAAACACAGCUACAUCCAGAAAACCAGGACUGAAGUAAAAAGGACUCAUAGAUCAUUUGGAUGUAGAUUAUUAUAAUUUAUCAUAGCAGUUACUCUGAUGAUUCUUCUCAUCCUCUGAGAAAAGUAAAAGGAAAGAAUGACGCUUUAGUUAGCUUUUGUCAAACCAGCAGCUCAUUAUCAAAUAAUUGAAGUCCACACAAUGACACAGUAAGUUUGACAUGAGACCGAGUCUGUGUCAGUUACUUUGGCAUUUUUACACAAACGACAGCUUAUCCAAAAAGGUUGCUAAGACUUCUCAGUGGAAGUUUGUGAACGUGCUUUUAUUUUGAAAAACAGUCAUUGCUUUAUCAUCCUCACUGAGAUCAGUUUGUGUUGUUUUCUAUUGUUAAUCAGAAUUCUGCUUUUCUUGUCUUUUAAUGGCUGUCCUCACCUCUUAAUAACAAGCUGAACUUUGUUAUCCAAGCAAAAAAACACAUUUUUCUUGAUGUCAGCAGAUUUAAAGCACACAGUCUACCUCCCUGUCCCUGUUACUAGCUCAGCUCCAGAUUGUUGCUUAAUCAGUAAAUUACUUUUGCCUUUCUUGUUUGUCAUGUUGCAGUUAACUUUAGACACUUUGUUUGCUUUAUUGCUGAGAAAAACACCCCUUAUUACUAUAACAUGCUAUAAAAGUUAUUUAAAGGUACAAUUUGACAAACAGAUAGCCACAUAAACAAGUUUUCUUAAUUUAUUCUGUAAUCUAAAUGCACUUUAUGUUGGAUUUUGUUGUAUUAUAAUGUUAAAUCUGUGGUUUCCAUGAACAGUUUUUCUUUUGUAAGUGAUAUGUAAUCUAUGUAUGUGGAAAAACUAAUAACUAAGUGGUCCUCUGUGUUCAGGAAUACAUGUAAAGUUUAUGAUGCAGUUGUAAAUUAAUCUCUGUCAUUUUACAGCAAAUACAACCUUUGACGGGUCAUCAUAUGUUGUCAACAUAAAGCGGAAGUUAAUAACACAAGCACCGAUUUUCUCACACUCUUUUCAUUCCCCCAUGUUAUAGUUUGAAAGAUUUUUGACUCAUUGAAUGACCUCUUUUAGCGCAAACAAACAGC